GUCUCUGUAACAUGCAGUCCUGAUGCUAAUGGAUUCUGAAGGGAGUUGCAGAUGUUUAAUGCAGGUUGCUAUCCGGGCUGGAGCUUUUGAGCAGUGGAGGAACAUGGUGGAGGCUUCAUCAACUCGCAGAUCCAUGAGGUCCUGGGAAAAAGCAAAGUAUCACAUGGUCUGUGCCAGUAGAUGUGAUGCAGUCUGCAGCCAGUUUUUGGUUAAAGUUACCAUUUGAUAUUGUAAGAUAAGAUAAAAUCUAUUUUCUUGAGCUGGAUGUUUUUGUGGAUGAGUGUCCCCCAUGGACCCACUGUUGCACCUGUGCUGAGGUUUAAAUGUGCUUUGCAUUUACUCGUGGGUUUCUGCCCAGCGCAGCUCUGAUUUGGGCACUGUUGCUUUGUGCAGGGAGGAUGGCAAAAAGGUGAUCUCAUGAUCCUGAAGCUGAGCCUUGACCUAUUCUGGGUCUGGGGUUUGGGGAGAAACAGAGCCUGGGGAAAAGGAAGAAGGUUGCAAGGGACAUCAAGGAGUGUGUGGGGUCCUUGUCACUGCUGUCUGCCCAUCCUGUGCUCCCUUUCUCACUAGUUAUUUAUUACACAGCUCAGGAAGAGGCUCCUGGCUUUUUAAGUGUGUGGGUUUGGGUUUUUGUUUUUUAAAGUCAAGUACAUUCAGACACUUUUCCCAAGGGAGGGUAACUCCCAGAGAAAACCCCUGCAAACAAAGCAGCACUAUGUGAACUCAGAAUGUCACUGAUUUAAGGAGCAUCAUCUUUUCAGAGGCUGCAGGAUCAGGGUAGGAGUUGUUUGUCCAUGUCUGCUGCAGAAUUACUGUUAUUUCUAAGCAAUUCUUCAUCACCCUAAUACCAGCCAGUACAGUGGGAAAGAGCUGACAAAGGCUGUAGCUUUGUGGUGGGACAUAACUUUGCAAGAUGCUGUUGCUUGAGCAUCCUCAGAUUCUUCCCAGGGGUGGGAGGCUGGAGCAUCAGUGCAAAAAAACCCCAGCAGAUCCCCACUGUGCAGAGAGACCUGGGUACUGCUCCCGAGCAGAGCUGAAAAUAGCAGCUGUGGUGAGCAUCCAGCACCACCAAUAAUAUCAGUUAUUUGUAAAUUCUGGUGAUGGGGAAGACUGCUGAAGCUGGGUGAUGGGCACUGCAAAGGCAGAGGUACAACAGGAGGGCUUGGAUGGGUCUUGUGUCAGUCCUGCUUUUGAUUGUCAGCUCUUCUCAGAUGACUCAGAAAAAUCAAUUCCUUUCUGUAUUUCUCUUUCAACCUCCGCUUUCCUCAAGGGCUCAUACAGAUUUAUAAGCUCCUUGCACUGUGCUCUGAAGCUGCGGAGCCUCUACCCUGCUGCCGACCAGCACUGAGCAGAACAGGGAUCCUUAUACCCUGAAUUUUGGUGUAGAGCUGCCCAAAAGCAGAUGAAAUCCUGCUCCCUGGGUAAUUAAUUACUGAAAUCACCCAGACAUCCAAAUCUCUGAAGGCAGUGCAGAGCUACAUCUCUAGCAUAAUGUUUUCUUGCAAGCCUUUGCAGUGAGGAAGGGUUGUCUUAUAUGCUUAGAUUUUUUUCCCUUAAGAUGUUUUGUAUGUGGAAUAUGCUUAGUCUGAUGGCUGAGUUCUGCUAACACAAAAAAUUGAGGUUGUGUGUUGUUGUUCAUCUAAAAGGUCACAGCUUUUCUGACCUGAUGUUUCUCAAAUCCCAAACCAUCCUGCUGAGUGUUAAAAUGACGAAUAAUAACUGCGGUAGAUGGUGAGCAGGGUUUUAAACAGUCUAGAAAUAAUGUGCCACCUAAAUAAUUGCCCUUACUUGGCAAUGUGUCUUGUUGACAUGGCUUGCAGCAGGCAACCAUUUAAUUAGGAUAAUUUGAUGGGAAAAGGAGAGAUCUCCAGUUCUGGGAGAUGCCCUGGGACUAUAGCAGGGUGCUGGCCUUUACCAGCUUUGAAGCAGAGCAGCUUCUCCUGAGUUUCUCCCACCAUUUGGCUGGUGUUUGCUGCUCAGAUCCAUUUCUCCAUGUGGUAAGCACAGCAUGGGGGCAUCUGUUUGUUUGAAACUUCCCUGUAACAAACAAGAUGAAUUUCAAGCUGCCGAGGUCAUAUCCAGAUCUGGGUCCACACCUUCACCAGCUACUUAGACCUGAUAGCUUAAGUUUUAGCCCUGUAUUAGAUAAACACGAUUCUAAGCUCCCUGGGUGCUCACAUGCUUGCAAACAUAUCCUUAGGGCACAGAAUAUCAGGUCUAGCAUUUCCUUUGGGAGAUGUGCAUCCCUCCCUCUCUGUCACCCUGUCUCUUCCUUGAUGCUCUCACCAUCCAGCCAUGCAGGCUUCUUUCUCUUCCUUCUUACUACUCUUUAUCCCCAGGAGUUUGCUAAUCCUGCUGUUUAUCCCUCUAGAACAUCUCCACAUUAAUUCCUUUUUCUUGGGUCGCUGCUGUUUGUGGUCUGAAUGCUUUGCCGUGUGGCUUGGUACCCAAAUGGUGAGUGGAACAGUGUUGGAGAUGAAGAUAAGAGGCAGCUCUGACCUCCAUGAGGUCCUUAUCCUUAUGCAAAACAGUCAAAGCCAAGUGUUUUCUUUCUCCUAAACCACCUCCUUACUGAGUGCAAGCCUCUUGCCUUCGCCAUCGGAGCACUCUGCAAUGCCCCCUCCAUCUGCAGCCUCAUGGUCCUACCUGCCCUGCACCUCGCUGCCUUCCCGCCAUGGUCCAGUCCCUGCCAUGGUCCAGUCCCUGCCUGCAUUUCUUCAGAGGCUGCCUGGGUGUGUUUAGCUGCCCAUCUAUCUGUCCGUUGCCACUCUUAUUCCCUAAUAAGUAUCUUUGUCUGCAGAUGAGAGUACCCUAUGUGAUCUGCCCCAUGUUUGGAGGAGAAAGGGGUAUAAAAGUGAGAUGUUGCCCUCCCUUGAGCAUCCUCAGCUUGUGGUGGGCAGGAGGGAUGGGAAAGCAGGGAGACAGCAAAGUCAAGCAUUAAAAAUUAGAAUAAACACCAAUGAAUGUCUAGAUUUAAAAAUAAUAAGCAUUUUGGAGGGCAGACUGAGCCCUGGCCAUAUCUGCCAUGUGGUGUGUUGCCUGGUGCUGGUCAGAGAGGAGCCGUUGGGUUGGGUGGUCCUGUCUGUUGUCUUCUCCAGAAAUGUCUGCCAUAUGGGGACAUGGAGGCUUCCUGAAUCUCUUUGCUUGAGUGAUGAGACAGCAAAGUGGGACACUCCUUAGCCUGCCCAUGUUGUACAAGAUAGUCAAGUUUUCUCUACUGGUGGCUCUGCCUGGUGCCCCAAAACACUUGGGGGCAUCUGCAUGGGCAUGCCAGGGGACCUUCUCUCUCUUUGUCUGUUAGCAACAUUAAUUACAGAGUAAAUUGGCAGAAGUUCCAUGCUAAGGAGGGUGCAGCAGCCCUUUUAGGGAGAGAUUUCGUGGUAAAUAGUUUCCAGAACAUCUUCAAACCUUUUAAGUCCUCCCUUUGUUUUAUCCUUGCUGACCAGUGCAAACAUAACAGCCUCCACUUCAUCCAGUAAAAUAGUAAAAUUCCCAGGUCUGUCGUCAUGAGGAGGUUUUCAAAGGAGGUGAGGGUGUGGGAUGUUGCUCCGUACUUGCCCUGGAAGGGAAGGGACCACCCUCCAUGUUCAGCCCUUGGGCAGCUGCCCGUGGCCCCAUGCAGCCAGCACUGAGCCUCCCCACUGUGACCCUGACUGUUAUUCUCCUUUUCUAUCCUCUGAUGAAGCACAUAAUAGUCUGUGGUACUGUAAUAAAUGCACUCUGUCAUCCCAAAACGAUGAGAACACACGUCACAUUUCUGGAGCCAUGCACAAUGGUGGUUUAUUUUAUUAUGGAGCAAUGUUCCUGCAAACUGCAUCUUUCUCAGCCCCUCCUAGAACUGCCCUACCUGCCUUUUAAAAAAUAAGGUUAAAAAACAUGUUGUGAAGAGGCAGCAACCUGCUGCUGCACCAGGAUUAUUCCAAAAGCUUGGGAUUGUUGCUGUUUUGACUCUCCCCCUUGGCACUGCAGCUGUCUGCACCAGGAGCUGACCCCGCUUCUGCAGGUGCAGCACCAGAAAUCCUGUUCAUGGCUGUAGAUAGAGGUGGCUGUGGCUGGGUCCUGCUGAAUUUCUAGUUUGUGGGCGCCUGGUCUGCACUUCUGUGGCUUUUUGUGUGCAGGAAAAUGGAUUUUGGUGUGAAAUACUCUUAGGAGAAGCUUUGGGCUGCAGCAUUUGGGGCUGUUUGGUUUGCAGUGGGUGGGAUCCUGAAUUUCAGUGUCUACCUCGAGCAGACCUGCCCUUGGUUCCUCCAGCUCCAAGAAGGUGCUCUGGGCUUGGACAUCGGUUGUUUUGGAGCACUGGCAGAUCUUGUGCUCCCCAUGCGCUGCCGUGCCAUGCUAGCUUCCCUCUGCACAUUUGGGAUGCAGGUGGUCCAAUGUGACACCGGGAUGCAGCAGCACCCACCCAAAAUUGUCUCCUUCUGGUGCUACAAGCAAAUCACAAAACCCAUGUUGUGUAAAAAUUAGAAAAAGCAUUUAUUUUUCUUUGCUUUUCAGUUUCCUUGCUGUGCUGUUUGGUACAACCUGAUGCUUAUCCUACCUAUAGUGAAUUCAUCACCUUUAUAGAUUGCCUGAGCUGUUCCUGCACAUGCCAAAGGAGCAGAGGAGAAGCAGGAAAAUGAUACUUGAAAAUUGCAAAAAAAAAAUUGCGUGGGAGGAGUUGAGAGCAAGCCUGGGGCUUGAAACUACUGGUUUUAAUUAACUCAGUUAUAUUGGAUUUUAAAGAGAUCCUGGUGGUUCUUCAGAAAGGGCUGUGCUGAAUCUACAGAAUAUUGUCAUGAAGAGAAAAUGCCACUUAUGAAUAUUCCAGCAUUAUCCUGAUGAAAUAACCAUUCAUGUCCAACACCGAUGUGGCACCCAUGCAUCCAGAGCUUGGCUGGCGGGUGAAGUGGGGAGCGCUGGGACAUCCCUUAUGAUGCCAACAUUAUUUGCAGGAUUGAACACAUCCCCUUGAUUUCAGCAGGAGCUGCUGAGUGCUUGGCACUUUUGUUAAAUCUCCCGGGGUUACCUUUCUGAAGGCUUAGUAACAAAAUGGUAUCGUUCCCCCCACCUCCUCCUCUCACCAAACAACUAUACCAAAGCCAUCGACAUGUGGGCAGCUGGCUGCAUCCUGGCUGAGAUGCUGACAGGAAGGAUGCUCUUUGCUGGGGGUCAUGAGCUGGAACAGAUGCAGCUUAUUCUGGAGACAAUCCCUGUUAUCCAUGAGGAAGACAAAGAGGAGCUGCUCAAAGUGAUGCCCACGUUCAUCAACAGCACUUGGGAAGUGAGGAAGCCGCUGUGCAAGCUGCUCCCUGAAGUGGACAGCGAAGCUAUUGAUUUUCUGGAGAAAAUACUGACAUUUAACCCUAUGGAUCGAUUAACAGCUGAGAUGGGUCUGCAGCAUCCUUACAUGAGUCCGUAUUCCUGCCCUGAGGAUGAACCAGUGUCUCAGCAUCCAUUCCGGAUUGAGGAUGAGAUUGAUGAUAUUUUACUGAUGGAAGCCAACCAGAGCCAGAUGUCUAACUGGGACAGGUAUCACGUAAGCCUCUCCUCUGAUUUGGAAUGGAGACAUGAUAGGUAUCAUGACAUGGAUGAGGUUCAGCGGGACCCCCGGGCAGGGUCUGAAUCCAUCGCUGAAGAAGCACAAGUUGAUCCACGGAAGUACUCACAAAGCAGUUCGGAGAGAUUUUUGGAGUUAUCCCACUCAUCCAUGGAUCGAGUAUUUGAUGCAGAUUGUGGGAAAUCAUGUGAUUACAAAGUGGGGUCACCUUCCUACUUGGACAAAUUGCUGUGGAAAGACAAUAAGCCCCAUCAUUACUCAGAGCCCAAGCUGAUUUUAGAUUUAUCCCACUGGAAAAGAGCAACCAUAGCACCCGCAGCUGAGCUAUCGCUGGAAGAAGAACCAUCCAACCUCUUUCUGGAGAUUGCUCAGUGGGUAAAGAGCACGCAGGUGGGUCUUGAGUGUCCCAGUCCUCUUCCAGUGAUUCAGGAACAGAGCCUGCAGUCUUCUCACCAUCUCCACAAAGAACCCACGGAGGUGAUCAGUGACACAGACCCUGAGUUUGACUUGGAUGUCUUCAUCUCCAGGGCACUGAAACUUUGCACAAAACCCGAGGAUCUUCCAGACAACAAGCUCAAUGACAUCAAUGGGGCCUGCAUAUCUGAGCAUCCUGAUGAGAUUGUACAAACAGAAGUGUACCAGAAGGAGCGAUGGUGAGGAACCCACACUCGGGAAACCCCACUGUAUCUCCCUGUUCUUCUGCGAUGGUGUGGCCAUUGCCCAGAGCUGAGUGGCUCCCGUCUGUCAUUGAGCAUCUGUUUUUUACACUAUACCAAAUGCCUUUUUCUGAAAAGGCAAGCACAAACCACAUGCCCCUUUUGAUGCCUUAGAAAUACCUUUAAGGGAAUCAAGAGGUGUGAAUGAAAUACUGAGUUUCUUAUACUGCCUUAACACUCUUGCCUUGCAAUCUCUUGGACCUGUUUGAAACUUAAAUGUAUGAGGGAAAGAUGAUAGUACGUGGUAAGUUCACAAACAGAAGUCAAAUCAACUUCUUUUCCUUUAUUUUUCUAUAGCAUCUUAAAAUGACGAGGACAAAAUCAUCAUUUUCAUUAUGGCCAGAUACCCUCUUGGUUUGACAGGUUCUCAAAACACCAAACUUUGAGCUCCUCUGAGGCACUUGUGUGAGUACAGGCAGUACAGAGAGAAGCGAUGCCAGGCAUUGUCCAUGGUCAGCUGUCAGUCAGCAGAGAAUGAAACUAGAGGUAGAGUUUGGCCAUCACACAGAAAAUAACUCUUCGGAAUGUUAAUGGGAAAGGAAUUUGACCUACAAAUAUGGGCCACGUGAGAUUUUAUUUUAUUUUUUCUGAUUGGAAGACAAAAUUUUUGCGAAGCACUUUCUCCUUGUUUGGUUUCUCGCACAUAAAUUUUCCCUUCUGUUGCACGGGGUAGAUCUGAGUGUGCCAAGUACUUAGGAGGCCCCAUACAAUGCAUUUCAGCGUGCCAACCUGGUGCUGUGAGUCCUGUCUGGGGCAGGUGCCCAGCAGACCAGCAAAUUCUGGUGGUAAGGGCUGGACAGGAGUUGAGAGCUAGAAACAGGGUGUCUCACAGUGUGAUGCUGCCUGGCAUCACCAGCUACACAGACUCAGCAAGGGUACCCACCUUUGCUAAUAAAAAAGGAAUGAAGUACUAUUUUACCUUCUGACAAAAAUGCUGUGAAGAAAACAGCAGUUCCUGUGGCAUUAGAUUCAUAACUGGCCACUUUGCUUCCAGCUUCUUUGGAAGAUGCUGGUGUCAGCAGGCAACUGAGCGCAGUUUGUAAAUAGACAAAACCACAACUGAUCUACUGUAACUUCUCUUUUCAUCCACACUUCUGAGCACCUUAAUAAUUAAUCAGCUAACGAGUUUGUAUACGGAAGAAACGUUCUAUACUUAUAUUUAAUCAAAUUCGGCAGUUUUUAAAAUGGAAAAAUCUGUAAAUAUCAUAAAAGCCAAUAUCUGCUCUCCUUGCCAUCGUGUCACUGCGCUCUCCAGCACAGCAGCACUUUCAUUUGUAAAAGAGAAACUACUGUACUUAGUAACUCUAAGGUCCAUAUUGAACUGUUGUUCCUAUACGAAUUGUUUCUACCCUUUUAACAAGCAAUCUACUGAAUGUUCUGAGAUGUCAAGAAAACUCAUGUGAGACUCGGAUGAGAACUAACGGCAACAUUUACUAUAUUAAAUUAACCCUGGUUUCUGUUCUUGGUGGGAUCAGGUGUACAGGUUUAGCUAUAGGAGACCUUGUGCUAGGCACUGACAAGCCCAAAAACUUGUUCAUGCUUUGAAGAUCUCUCCUUAGGCUGAUUGAAAUGCCGUUACUCCAGCUGAUUAGCAGCAUAGAUGUGAAGGCUACCAGCUGCAUGGAUGGGAUGGGGUGGAAGUUCUGGGGCAGGGAUGGAGAAGGCAUCUGGAAGGCAAAGCCAUUGGAGAAAGCAUCUAGAAGGCAAAGCCAUUGGGCUCUGGUCUUUGGUUCAGGCAUUUGGACAUCCCCCACAGUGGUUUAGAAAGGAGAAACAGAGGGUUGGUUUCCAGUGUGUUGCAGAUAAUUGAUAUACCUCAAAGCUCAGCACUUUUACUGGUGGGAGAAGUUCAGAUGCCGAAGAAGUGGCUGCCCCUGCAGUGGAGCAGAUCAAAAUCCAGCCCCGGCAGCCCACAACUCACUGCCCAUGGUCCCGCUCAGCUUCACCAUGCACCCAGCAGCAGCCAGCAAAGGCUGAGAAUGGGAUUGCCAGCACUCAAGUGUGUGCCAAGAGAGGAGGCAUCAGCUGCAGUUGUGUCCCAUCGCUCCCUGGUGCCACCCAGGAGGAGAGGAGCAGAUAAUGCCCAGCCUCUGAUGGGAGAUGCACAGGCACUGCAGCUGGAGGCAUCAACUGAAAAUUAGAUAUUUGGGAGCCAGUGGAGUUCAAACCUGAAGGAUAAGAUCAGCAAUGCAAGAGCUGACUUUUAAAACUCUCUUCUGACAGAUUCAGCAACUAUUUACUACCAUUGGGUUAAACAUGGAGAUGUGCUGACAUGUGAAAUCAGCAGCAAUCAAACCAUGCCAGUGAUUUCCUCAGUGGACAUCAGUUGCCACAUUCUCUGAAACCAGAAGCCAUUUUCCAUGGGUUAUUAUAUUUGGGCUGAACGUCUUCACCAGAGGCGUACAGGACUAUUUAUUAUGGCCAUGAAAGUAACAGUUUUGCUUUUGAAUAGUCUUCUAAGGAGUGGGAGCUUAAGGGCCCACAAAGUGUAAAAUUAACUUCACAAGAAGCCAACAGAGCAUAUUGCCAUUGCUCUGGGUUUUCCAUCUUGGUUCAUGAGCUGUUAUUUAAUGUUGUUCCAAAACCUUGGCAUCACAUGCUGGGAAAGGGGGGAAAUGAGAGGAGUGGCUUUAAUUUGUUACCUGAGUGUGCUCAGCCGAUCACAAGCCAGAUUUAUUUCUCAUCUACAACAAUAAAAUUUAAGGCCUGAGCCUUCCUUGCUUGGUAGCAUGUAAUUAUUUUGUGAUUAAGUUUCAAAUAUAAACUUGAAAUGUUUAUUCCAGUA